UAGAGUAAUAACCAAAAGAUAAUUCCUAAAAUUAUCUUAACACGCCCUUAUUUUUUAUAAGACUGCACAAAGAACCUUUUGUGCAAACAGAAAGUUCUGCGUAUGUUAAAAGUACCUUUAUGGAACCAUAAAUGGUUCUUCUGUGGCAUCGUUUAAUACCUGUAUAUUUAAGAGUGUACUGUUUAUUUAUGUGGGCUGCAUGGGCCACCCGCAAACAGUAUCUGACCCGUGCCAUUUAAAAUUUGACUCAUUAUUGCAAACGUCACGUGCAAUAAAGACAACAGCGUGAACGUUUGCACUUGGACGUCUCCAGUGUGGUAAAAAUUUAACCGGGCGACGGCAUUUAAAUAGUAUCGCUGUAUCGAGAAUACCACCCGCUCCAUCACGAACUACAGGGAACGGGUUGCCUGGGAAACGGCCGCAUGGCAACAGGAUCAGAGCCGGGGGGUUGUGUGCUGCUAGCUCUGCUGCUCCCGUUUCCCAUUUCCUCACUAGAUGGUGUGCGAGCCACUGGAGAGUCGAGUUUCUCCCGCGGUCGGGCUCCGAUCAAAACAAAUCUGGAAAACUACACGGAACGCCAUCUCUCGGGCUUUUCGCGGGGAUUAAUACAUUUUCAUCCAUAUUUUUAUUAUUGAUAACGGCGCGGAUCGUACUCCAUUCGGCGGCGAUGGACAUAAUGAUCGCGGUGCAGGAUGCGUGCGUCUCCGGUCAGUGGCUCACCGCUAUAAUUCUCAGUCUUUGCUGCUUUCUACCGUCGUGUUUGCCCGCCGGACAGACUGUGGAGAAUGCCACCGAGAGUGUGGUCAGCAGACAGGGAGACACCGCGCUGCUCAGAUGCUACCUGUUGGAUAGAAUCUCAAAAGGAGCGUGGUUGAACCGUUCCAGUAUCAUUUACGCAGGGAAUGACAAGUGGUCGGUAGACCCUCGCGUGUCCAUCGUAUCAAAUGUGGGCGAUAAACAUGAAUACAGCUUACAGAUACAGAAAGUGGAUGUAACGGACGAGGGCUUAUACACCUGCUCGAUACAGAGCGAACGCAAUCCACGUCCGAAGCUCAUUCAGUUAAUUGUAAAAGUUCCUCCCAAAAUCUAUGACAUUUCAUCGAAUAUAACGGUAAACGAAGGCAGUAAUGUUUCGCUCAUCUGCACAGCCAGUGGGAAACCAGAGCCCAAAAUCUCUUGGAGACACAUCACCCCAUCAGCCAGGAAGUAUGAAAGUGGAGAGUAUUUAAAUAUUACAAACAUCACUCGGGAUCAAGCAGGAGACUACGAGUGCGGUGCCGAAAAUGACAUUUCUUCACCUGACACCAAGACUGUGAGAGUCACAGUCAACUUUCCUCCAGCAAUUCACGAGAUGAAGAGUCACGGGGUCCGACCCGGUCAGAUGGCCCUGCUGAGAUGUGAGGCAGCAGCUGUCCCAUCUCCAGCCUUUGAGUGGUACAAGGGAGAAAAAAGGAUUAACAUGGGCCAAGGUAUUGACAUCAAGAACCUCAGCUCCAGAUCAAUUCUCACAUUGAAAAAUAUGACACAGGAUCGCUAUGGCAACUACACCUGUGUGGCUGUCAACAGGUUGGGAACAGCUAACGCCAGUGUGCCUCUAAAUCCAAUUAUUGAGCCCACCACAAGUAGCGCUGUCUCAAGUCCAGCACCCAACACCGCUCCGUAUGGAAGUACAGGAGGCGCCGACGUCCUGCUGGCCUGCCGGUACCUGAUCCUGGCUCUCUCUUCUCUCCUCAGCAUCUACUAGCCCCGGGGACGGCCAUACACAAUGACUGUAAAGAACCCUUUGAGCAUUUACAGAUCCUUUGACACCGCCGAUGGCUGGAUCCAAUUUGGUACAAAUUGUCUGGAAAGCAGCGAGGGAUUUUAAUCAGCAUUAUUUACGUUGGAAUGGUAAUUUGGUACCGUGGUGUUUGUCAUCAUGUACAUAAAUAUGGUUUUAGGGGUUUUGUUUGGUUACCCUUUACUUAUUUUCUCUUCUGUUAUUUGAUAUCCGACUUUGAAAAUCAGCACCCAUUGUCUCCAUACGAACGCUCUCAAAUUAGCCAAAAUCACGCGUCGGAAAAGCAAAGGUGUGUGUGAUGUUAGUGUCUUUGUUAUUCAAAAAGGAAAGACGCUUUAGCGUGCCACCUUGCUUUUCAUGCUGGUGCAUCAUUUACAUAUCUAUAAAGGGGGCAAAGUGCUCAUACGCUCAUUUAAACCCAGUGAGUACAGAUUUGAGAAAGAGAGUGUACAGUAUAAACAAUAAAGAGACGGGUGAUGGGUGAAGCGAACAAUUGGAGAGUAGUCGGAUUGUAUUGACAAUGAAAAAUGAAUAAUCAUUUUGUGGACCAAAAUAACAGCCAUACGUCAGUAGUUCAAGACCCUAUAUGCAGAGGAGCCUCAGAAUCCUUAUUUGAUAUUCUAGAAAUAUUUUUCAUUUAUGAUCGUCUUUCCUCAAAAGUUGUUUUACUAGGUUAAAAUAUAAAUGAGUAUAAGACAAAUCAUUUCCUUUUAAAGCAGUUUGUAAACUUUGGCCUAUAUUUGUGUCUAAUCCUAAAAAUUUAAAUUAGACACAUGCAGUACGUUACAAUCCAACAAAAAAAAAAAGAGUCGCAGUGCUCAUUUCAUUCUGCCCUGGGGAUCUUAAAAAUGAGAGCUUUACUAUGAAAAAAAGAAUCGAAAUAUAGUGUUGCAUUUGAUGUUAUAUUAAACAAGACAUCAAAUAACAAUAGCACAUAAAAGACAUUCUGCAGUCGGCAGAAUUCGAAAUAAUAUACGGGGCCAAUCCAAAGUGGAACAAAGUAGGUCAUGUAUUACAGUGUCUAAUGAAACUUAUCAUUCAAGUCAUUAUUGUUUUUUUUUAAACCAGUAAAUAUUUUCAUCUCGAAAUUCUUUAUGGAUGAUGUAUUACUGUCGCAAUCAUUUGAAGAGGAUUUUUAUAAUGUAUUAACAUAUAUUACCUGCUUUGCUUUUGUCAGUGUGAAAUAGUUUCGAACAGGGAAGCAGAAAAAAAGAUUAUGCACUUCCCUUGUGGGGACAAUAUGAAGUUUCAAGUGUGGAUCCAAACAUGUGAAUUAUAAUUUCAAAAUAAGUAUGCAGUAUGGCAUAGUUUACAAUGUCGUCUUUCCUUUUAGAUGCCACAACUGUUGUUGAUUCUUGUCAAACAAGUAGAAGUCGGAAAGCGAGAACAAUUUGUAAUCAAAUAAUCUACUUUUAACUCAGAGGGUGUAUACGGUAUAAUAGAAAAUGAGUCACGUGUGUGCGUGUGUGUGUGUGUGUGUAUAUUCGAAGAAAGUAGAAUUCAUUUGAUCUUCUUGGUAGAGCCAGUGUCUAGAUUUAGUUUAACCUCUACACUAGUCCCCACACACUUGUUGUAUACUACGAUGUGCAGAAAUGAUAAAUGUGCUGCAUGUCAAAUAUUAUGUAUGUUGAGGUGGCCACUUACCAUAAAUCGAUAAUUUGAGAACAAAACCAGUUUUGAGGCUGCUUUGACUUAAUGAAAUGAGUUCCACACUACUGAACAUCACUGGGGCUGCUGUAUGAAAUGUUUUUCAUGUUUGUGAAAAUCAUCACUGAAUCUUUUCUGCUCUGUGUGCAAUAUUUGGUAUUUUUCUUUAUGCGUUUGUUUACGGUAAAAUCGGAUAAAAGGUUUGUUUAGCCAUGAGACGUUUACAUUGUUUCUCUUUAUAUCGUUUUUAAAACCAGGGCGAAAUUCAUAGCAAAUGAUGGGAAACAUAUUACGUCAUUACGUUUUCAAAAUCGUACUUGUAUUGUGAAUCAUUUACAACUACAAUUAUCCGACGUGAUAUUUUAAAACAGGACUGUAUAAUGAACAUAAGGCAAGAAUUUUACAAUAACUAAUACUUAACCGUUACUAUUGUUCAUUUUUGUUAGCACCAUGUAGGUUUAACCUAAAUGCUUGUGUCCCUGUGCUUACAGUAUUGCAGACUUGAAAGCAUCAUACAUCAAAAAGGGGAUGUUUAAAUAUUUAUUAGUUGAUGAUUAUGCCAACACACAUUGCAGCUGUAAUAUACAAAAAAAUAACAUCCAUAACUACUGAUGAGCUAUGAACGCAUUUCAUUUCAACGUUAUUAAAAAUACCACUUUAAAAGCAAGUACUGUAUAAAAUGUGCCUUUAAAAGUAUUUAAUUGAUCGAAUCUGUCGCCAUCCCAUGUCAAACGCCACAUCUAAGCCUCGUUUAUAUCGAAUAUAUCAAAAAUCGCAGUGUUAUUGACUUCCUUUCUUAUAUCUACAUUACUUCCUCUUUAAGAUUAAAUGAAUAGCUGAUAAAAGGGUCAUUUUUAACACCUGCCGAUUUCGCUUUCUGUAAAGUAGCACAUGCUCACUUUAUAAAUAUUGUGAAUGAAACAUCAACAAUGAGCUCAUUAAACCGUCAUUAAAACUGCAUAAGUGGAUAUCAAGAUAAGAAAAGGCAGGCAGGAGGCGUUCAUGCAUGCAUAAUUCUCCUGAAAGUUACAGCCUUUCAAAAAGAGUCGGUAAAUAACAGCCAAAUGUGCUGCAAAUUUCCACUUUGAACAUCUAAUGACUUGAUAAUUACAUUCCCGGACGUGCAUUAAUAUUCAAGAAUAGCUUUUCCGAAUGGCUCACGUCAGCAGAGCAUAUUCACGUAACCGAAUAGUUCACCGCAUGAUACCCCAUCAGGGUCACUUCACCUGCUGGUGGUCACAAAAACAUGCUAUUUUUGAACAAGUUCAAAUUACUGGAAACAACACCGCUCGUUGUGGCCUAAGGAGACCCCUCAGGUUCCAUUUCAACACCUUUUCAAAGCCAACAUGGGUACAUCGGCUCUCUGACACGCUAGGUGUGAGUUAGCAUUUCUGGUGUCUUCGACGAAUCCUAACGGCAGAGCUUUUGCCGCUGCCAGAUGUGUACAGGAAAACACGUACGAUCCUUCAUCUCGUAGCACAAGCGGAGCUCCUGGCAAGACAGAAUGAGGGUGGUAGGCGGUAUUUCAAUGAUUAAAAACCUGUCAGCUCAAUCUCUGUCUUGGCCGGACUCUUUUGAAAGUCGGUUCGAGGGAGUGCUGUGUGUGCGGUCAGCGGAGGCGAUUCUUCUGACCUGGCAGUUAAUAAAAUUCUUCCUGUGCCUUUGUCAGUUUCUGGAGGAUGAUUUCGUGGAGUGCCGGGGGGUGCUGCAUUAACCAGCUGUGAGCGCUCGCUCACCCAGCAGCACUCUGGCAGGCCUGACAGUAAUCUACAUAAACCUCUGUCCUUUUCAAAACGUUUGCCGGUAAUUGCAGUUGUGCAGUAUUCUAAUUGACUUCACGGAGGAGCGUAAAAAACAAAAACCUAUAAUCCUUCCCGAAGCCCGGCUAUAGUGUUGAACCUUCAAACGGCACGAAACUCGUGAUAAACGAUGAAUGUACCUAGCCUGUAGAAACAUUCAUUGGCAAAAUAUUUGUCUGGAUAAUAAAGUAGCUGCCAAAACGAGGAGGAGUGAAUUCUUAAGUUUUUUUCCCCGUCAAGUGUUUGUCAACUCCCUCGUUCGUUAUUUUCACUGAGCUGGAAAAUAAGUUAGCUGAGCACCGAUGCAGUGGUUUUAAUAAUGCUAAGGUUUUAACAGUGAGGACUGAGGCUCAUCAUGAGAAGAAUUAAUGUAAAAAGCGGGGGAUCGAUUUAGAAAGAGGGUUUUACGAAUACACUUAGUGGGAUCGGCACCAACAGCACCAGUCUUUGUUAUUCGCUUCUCAUUAAACGUCGGUGGGCCUGGUAAUUUUAAUUUUUUUUAAUGGCAUGGGCUAUUUGUUCUUGGCAUUUUUCAUAUCAACAAAAAACUGUUAUUUUGUAAAGUGAAAUAAGUCAACCUGCAGUGACACAACCAGUCUGCAAGUAAUUGAGCACAGGGGACACCCGCCAGAAAGGUGAGAUUACAGAACGGUAUAUUACUUUUGUAUAUACAUGUUCGUUUCCUUUUGGUACUUUUUCGUUCGAUUUGGUGACAAAGUAAAACGGACAUUGUAACCAUAUUGGGAUGGCUGUGUUUUUUUCUUUUUCUUUCCUUCCUCAAAUGAUGAAGCUGAAACGUCUGUGAUGAGAAAUAUGAAAUGGUCAUCUUUACUUACAUGUGUAUGGAGAUAAUUUAGCCACCAGGGAUAUAGUUGUAUAUUUUAGGCUCUAGAUCAUUGGAAUGACAUAUAUGGCUUUAAGUGGCAUUGAUAUAUAUUGAUAUUUGUCAAGAAAAAAGAAUCAUAUACUUUAAUUACUUUAAAGCUUACAUUGUGUAUAGCACGUAUGCAAGUUCAUUUUCAUCAUGUUUGAUGUAAUUUUGUAGCAGUGGUUUGAUACUAAUAAAGUUGGAAGUUGGUGAUGGAACUGUGAAA